AUGAGUGAGGAUAGCACACAAGGAAAAGAGACAGAAGAUAUGCGGGAAGAUAACGUGUCUGAAGAACGGAAAAAUUACGAUAAAUUUCAAAGAAAUAGUGCAGAAUCGAGCAGACAAAGCAGCCUUUCGACAAGCACUUCUGAAAGGUCUUCAGCGUCAGGAGAAAAAAGAAAAAGUAAGGAAGGUGGAGGAUUGUUCAAAUUUCUGAAGAAAGCAAGCCGUGAGAAAACAAAGGACACGCAGGACUCUAUCAGCGGCGAUUUACGAGAAGGGCGAGCUGGGAGAAAACAGAGGGGCCGCGCGGCUCCCAAGCAGGGGCAACAGCCAUAUGGACAGCAGCAGAUGGGGCAAAAGCCGUACGGGCAGCAGCCAUACGGGCAACAACCUUAUGGGCAGCAGCAAUACGGACAACAGGCUUAUGGGCAGCAACAGUACGCUCAACAGCCGUACCAACAGCAACAGUACGGUCAACAAGGUUAUCAACCUUAUGGAGCUCAACCAGCAUGGCAAAAGCCUCAGCAACCCGGUCCCAAAGGCAAAGGAUAUAUCUUUGACAAAGAUGAAUAUUUUGCUAAUCCAGCAAAGCCAUGGGAGGCACCAAAAGCGGAUCCGAAUAUGUAUCCUCCGCCUGCAAAUUUCCCUGGUGGCCCACCACCGCCACCACCGCCGCCACCACCGCCGCCACCACCAGUUCCGGGGAAACCGCCACCUGGAUUCUGUGACCCGUGGGCUGACAACAAGAAUGAUAAUGAUCCGUAUUUUGCCCCUCCAAAAUGA